CGGUCUAACAGGUGGUACCUCGACACGGCGUGGGAAAAAAUGAAAUAGAAAUAAUGUCAGUCUUCGUCUCGGAAGGAGUCGACGUCCGUUCUGUAGUCGCAUCGCACCUGAAGAAGUACGGCUACGUCGACGUCAGCGGCGACCCCCGACUGCGCCAGGUGUGCCGCACCAGGUACGGGAACUGCCGGCUUCACCAGUGUCUAGGGGAACAGUGCUUACCUGUGUUAUUGGGUCAGGUCUUAACCCAAAUGCACCCGUCUAGCAAGCAGAUAGAAACGUUGUGCCACAUCUCGGUGUACUAUCCCGGCGCCAAAAAGCUGUCCACUUACUUCUCCCAUCUGCUUCCGCCUCUUUUAAGACUUAUUUCUGGGGGAGUUGACGUCAUCACAGACAUCAGGGGGCGAGAUGCGGCCGUAAGAAAGAGGAGGAUCGGAGCUACCCUCGUGCACACCAUGUUACUGGCCGGCGGGUGUCAGAGACACGCCCUGGCCCUGUGCGAGUCCGGAGCCGUCCCGGUGUUGGGGAGAAUCCUAUCCGGGAACCAAGACGUCCCCUGGUGCCCAUAUAAGGACAAGGUCCUGAUGGUGCACUUGCUUCAAUUGGUAGUGGAGAUCGGGGAUGAGAGGUGCUGGCAGUGUGUGAGAAAGACUUACUUACAGAUAGAACGGGAGCUGUCCGAAGUAUGGAAACGACACAGGGAAGCGGCGCCUGGCGAUGUGCGGUACAAACUGCACCAAGCAGUGGGCUGGCUUCUUUCCAUCCUAAGACGCGGGAAAAUGCUCCCACAAUCCACCAAAAGACGUAGGGACAGCUACAAGCAGUACUUUCAAUUCCCAGUGGUGUGUUCCUCUUCGGAGUGUUCUAACAUCGAGGCGGGCAGCAAAUUCAAGAUGUGCGCUGCGUGCGGUCUCGCCAGGUACUGCAGCACAGCGUGCCAGACACAUCACUGGGGACACGGACACAAGCCCAACUGUAAGGCGAUGGUCGCGUUUGACAAGGCUAACGGGGCACGGGUAAUAUAACAGCAAUUAAAAAAAGUUUUCUCGCUCCAACGUAAGGUCUGGAAUUAUUGGAAACGGACAAUCCUAAAAAGGGUUACUAAAAGCCAGCAGACACUUGUACAAGCUUAGUCCGAAACAUUGAUAUUUCAUAUUCCUCCAACAGAAAGCAAACUUAUUUUUGAUACCAUAAGAACAAGUGUGCAAUGACUUUGUACAUACAUGUCAUAUCUUCAUCGUUAUCUUGUUUUUGUAGUGCAAUACCCAUCGUUAGUCAGUCUGG